AUGGGUCCAUUUCCUGCCUCAUUCGGUAAUGAGUAUAUUCUUGUGGCAGUUGAUUAUGUUUCGGAAUGGGUAGAAGCCAAGGCUAUGAAGACCAAUGACGAUAAGGUGGUUACGUCUUUUAUUCAGGAGUACAUCUUUAGCCAUUUUGGAUUUCCCAGGGCCAUCAUUAGUGAUGGUGGCUAUCAUUUUAGACAUUGGAGGUUAGAGGCUUUACUGAAGAAGUACUCUAGUACCCACAAAGUAGCCACCCCUUAUCAUCCCCAAACAUCUGGUCAGGUGAAGGCUGGUUCCACUCGCCGUCUCCAGUUAUCUGAAUUGGAGGAGUUGCGCAAUGAUGCCUAUGAGAGCUCACGGAAAUUGAGAUCUCGGUGGGAUGGGCCUUUUGUGGCUCUAUCUGUUGCACCUCAUGGUGCUAUUGAGAUAAGGAAUCCACAUAAUGGGAACACUUUUAAGGUUAACGGUCAAAGACUGAAACCCUAUGUUGAUGGCCUUGCUGAUGGCCAAUUAAUUAAGUCUUUAGACCUAGUGGAUGUGGAUUAUGAUCAUGCUUCUGAUGGACUAUCCUGA